GGGAGCUGAAAUAGCUUUAUCGUCUCGGUGACUGCCGCAUCUGUGGACUUCGAAUUGACGUUUGCAUGGCCUUCCAUCGUUGCGUGUGGGCCUCCGCAUCAGGUCAUCGGACAUCGUUUUUUUGCCGAUUUUCCAGGAAGACACCGGGGCCUCCCCGUGGGUGCUCCCGUCCCAAGGCCAUCCACUCUCGCCAAACGCCAGAACGGGAGUUACCUGAUCUGACCUCGGUUUUUGCGCUACGCAGGGAGCGCAUCGCUAGCUCAGUUGUCCGUCAGAUCAUGCAUGUCUUGCAAACUUCCGAUGAUCCCCUUCUGGAGGCGAACGUUGGACGAAAGAUCAGCAUGAAGCCUCACUGGUAUAUUCUGAACCAGCCGUAUGUGUUCGGGACUAUCAACCUCCUACAAGGGAAGGUUGACAUCAGCUUUGGCGUACAAGGUUCUGAGGGGGAUGGGACGGUUUAUUUUUCCAGCAUCAGGAAAAUGAAGGGACAGCCCUUCACCAUAUUGCGAUUCAAAAUUAUUUGUGACAAUGGAGAGAUCGUGCAACUGAAGGAUGCUAAUGUACAUGAUGCAUGAAGAUGUGGCUGCGUGACUGCAUAUGGGGUUAUGUAAUGAGGGGCGUGCUUAUAUUAAACUUAAAUAUAAGAAGGGGUUGUUGAAGUCCUCGCGCUUUAACGGUCCCUGGCUCUAUAAUCCAUCAAAAUAGAUCGGACACGGUUCGUUACAGCUGGAGGAAACAUUCUGCAG